CAUUCGUCGAAACGCUCUCUUCAUGGGUGCUUUUUUUCACGAAGUAUCGAGAAGACAGCGUUUCCUUUCCAUUUAAGGACUUUCCUUCGAAAAGCUAUGCUGCUUCCUCUUCCUCACUUCGCUCGAAUGAAGUCGUCUUCCUACUUUCUGCCGACUCCAGGUGAAGUUUCGAGAUAAGCAUUACGUAAUCAAAAUGACUCCUGACCAAUGGAAAAUCAGUACGAUUCGCAAUCAGACUGACGUCGACCAAUGGGAUGCCGGGGGUGUGUUUUAUCGGACGAAUGACGUGCUAAAUUUUGCGCACGAAAUAUCCCUCGGUUUGAACUGCGCCAUCGGCCCUUUGUAUAAAAGACCCCCAGGUUUCAUGGCCCAUAACAAGCUUCUUUCUCCUACCACAAGUUAGCUUAUUCUUCUCUAGAAAGUUAACUUAGUUCGUCAUCGAAAUGGCUGCUACUCUUGUCCAAAGUCCCUCUAUUCACUUCGAUUCAACUGAGAGCAUAAAGAUGCUAGACCCUUCUGAGCUCUAUAGGCCAGAAAUUAAGAAAAUGGAAGACUUCAGACAAUAUUCUGAGGAUAAGGAUGAUCCUAUCCAAUUGCGAGUACGAGAAACCUAUCUAAAAAUGCAUACUUCUCAAACAGUAGACUUCGUGAAAUCCAAGAUAAACGAAUGGACUAAAUUCGACAAGGCUAACAUGACGGUGAUGAAAGCUCUUGAAACCCUCAAUUGCUUGGUAGAUGAAAGCGACCCAGAUGUGGACAUCCCUAACAUUGUCCACGCCUUCCAAACCGCUGAAAGAAUCCGUGAAGCUCACCCAGAUUUGGAUUGGUUCCACUUGACAGGCCUUAUUCACGACCUGGGCAAGAUAAUGGCUUUGCACGGAGAACCCCAGUGGGCUGUGGUUGGAGACACUUUCCCAGUUGGCUGUGCAUUCGCCGAUUCCAUUGUCUACAGGAACACCAGCUUUGACGACAAUCCUGAUCUCCACAACCCCAAGUUCAACACCAAAUUCGGCAUCUACUCAGAGCAUUGCGGUCUUGAGAAUGUGAUGAUGUCUUGGGGACAUGACGAGUAUAUGUAUAGGGUUUUGAAGCACAACAAAUCUAAACUACCUGAAGAAGCUUUAUACAUGAUCCGAUUCCAUUCUUUCUACCCAUGGCAUCUGAAUGGAGACUACAGCUACCUAACUGACAACAAGGACAACGACAUGUUGAAAUGGGUCAAAGAAUUCAACAAGUUCGAUCUCUACUCCAAAUCCCACGAAGUUCCUGACAUUGAAACUCUUAUGCCCUACUAUCAGUCUCUGAUUGACAAAUACGUCCCUGGUGUACUAGAAUGGUAAAUGAAUGAACGGCGGAAUGAGCUGAGUUGUAUGAAUGAAUGGAAUGAAUCGCAUCUCAUUUGUUAUAUUUUCAUUUGUUGGAUAUUGCUGGUAAUACAUAUUAUCCCUGCCACCUUAGCAAAAUGAUUUUAUGUUAUCUGGCUGGUAUCUUUUUAAAUACAUUAUCAUUUAGUUGUUACUAUAUGUUAUUUAUCUUUUGAUCAUUGUAUCCUAUUAACUAUUGUUGAUGUAUGCGUAUUGUAUUUGAUGUUGCAUUUUGAUAGUAAAUAAAGUUUUUAUUUUUAUAGA